CUGCUGUGUGAGGUCACUUCCUUCUUGAGAGUGAGUUGAGCAACAAAAGAGCAAAUAAUUGCAUUGCAGCUGCGGAGGGGAGAAAGAGUGAAAUGCAUUGUCACCGAGCUGUCCUGCUGUGCUGAGUCAGACUGUGAAGGACAGAGUAACAACAAACUGCCUCAAGGUGGUAUAGUGCACAGAGACAGACAGAGAGAGAGAGAGCGAGAGCGAGGGGGAAGACAGGCCUGCAAGAAUCCUGCUGAGUCAGCUCAUCUGUGUUAACCAAGCCAUCAAGCCAUGCCUGCAUUGAAAGCAGAGGAGCCUGGGCAGGAAGAGACCGUGCAGAAUGGGGGAGACGUUGUGUAUGAGGAGCACGAUGACGAUGACGGAGUCAGCCCCAGUGACCUGUCCGAGCUGCUGAAGGCAGGGACUGUGGAGGCUCACGACAAGGCUGAGAACACGCAGUUCGUCAAGGACUUCCUGAAAGGCCACAUCAGGAAGGAGCUCUUUAAGCUGGGGGCGGUGGCCCUGUACUUCACAUACUCUGCCCUGGAGGAGGAGAUGGAUGGGAACAGGGAUCAGCCCCAGUUCGCCCCGCUCUACUUCCCAGAGGAGCUGCACCGACGGGAGGCGCUGGCCAAAGACCUGGAGUUCUUCUACGGAGAGAACUGGCAGGCGGUGGUGCAGCUCUCGGAGGCCACGCGGAAGUACGUGGACCGAAUCCACGAGGUGGGGCGCAGCGAGCCGGAGCUGCUGGUGGCCCACGCGUACACCCGCUACAUGGGGGACCUGUCCGGGGGCCAGGUGCUAAAGAAGGUGGCCCAGCGGGCCCUGAAGCUGCCCAGCACCGGAGAGGGGGUCCAGUUCUACACCUUCGACAACAUCAGCAAUGCCAAGGAGUUCAAGCAGCUGUACCGCAGCAGGAUGAACGACCUGGACCUCGACCAGGAGACCAAGCACAGGAUCGUGGAGGAGGCCAACCGCGCCUUCGGCUUCAACAUGGAGAUUUUCAACGAGCUGGAAAGAGUUGGUAAGACUAUAAAGGACGAGGUGUUGGAUGGGGGUCUGCCGGAGUACGACGGGAAAGGAGACCUCAGUAAAUGCCCGUACUACGCUGCAAAAACAGCUGCUGGUGGUGGCUCUGCCUGUGCCUGCCACAUGGCCAUGGCAGUCCUGAGACACCCCACUGGGCAGGUCAUAAUGUCUGCCUGCAUUGCCCUGCUAGCAGGUGUGGCUGCUUGGUACCUGAUGUGAUUGGCAGGCUCGACUGGAAGGUGUGGCCUAAAGACUGGAUUCUGUAACCAUAGCGACGCCCCUCCCUCCUGACCCAGUGCUGUGUUUUAACCCUUCCCGAGUCACAGUAGAUGUGGUGUUGGGAAAAUGAGCCGCAUAUGCCAAGUCCUUUCUCUUUUCUUUCUUUUUUAAUUAUUUCAGUUGUCGCUGGUACAGAGAAAUUCACUGAAGUUUUUGAUGGGUUGUAGAUGGAGUAUACUGUACUGGAAUAGUCUGUUCAGCGAAUGUUUGGAUUGGGUAUUUACUUUUUAGUAGCUGAUUAGUACCCCAUGGGACCGAGAGUUGUUUUGGUUUCUCUGAAACUGUGUUGUUGAUUCCUUCUGUGUGCGUAGGAUUGUUGUAUCAGAUUUCAAAAGCUGUUCCUUGAAAUAGUGAACCCCAGACAUGUACCCUCACUAGACUAACCACAACAGGAGGGGUCUAGGACUAUGGUACAUUAGUACAUUGUGCAACACAUUUCAAAAUCCUUUCAUUAUUACAGGACUGUUGUAAGACCUGACAGAAUUCUAUGCAUCUUGAUUUCACCAUUUAUAUAUCUGUAACAGAGCUGAGGCUGGACACCAACCGGUUCCACCACAACCCCUCAAGACAGAAUCUUAACCACAGAGCUUUUAACUUCAUCUAACUGACGGGACAGACGACAGAGCAUCACACAACACUGCCCGCUACACACCAACCGAC